AUGCGAGUCCACUAUCCUCCUAGCGAGAUGCAUCUGCUGCCGGUCUACACUUACUACAUGGCAUUGGCCGGUCUAGCCUGCGAUUUGGGCGGGCCGCACGGACAGGACAUCGUCAAGAAAAUCGUUCCUGAAAUAACAUCCGGGAACAUUCUCGUUGAUCUGGCGCUCAGAGACACCCAACCAGCUCUUAUCCGUGCUGCUAUCGAUGCUGCGAUAAAUCUCGCGAAAUUCCUGCGCAUCUAUGAUCCUAUCCUACAAGCGGAUGUCCUGUUUAAUCUUUCAUGGGUCAAGUUGGUCGUGGCAGGAGAUAGCCCUGAAGCAGAACAAUUGUGCAACGACGCACUGGCGAUUUACGAAACGCAGGAGAAUCUUGACGGCCGAGCACAGAGUACUUGGCUUUUGGGGCAGAUACUCAAGACGAGCAAGCGACAGAAAGAGUGCAAACUGAAGUUCGAAGAAGCGCUCGCUUUGGCCACGGAAGCACAGAACCAAAACUGUCGGGCAAAAUGCCUGUCCUGCUUAUCCGAAGCUCAGUUCCAUGCUGGAGAUGCUGCAACAGCCGAAGCGCUCAGUCUGGAGGUGCGACCCCACCAGACCAGUGCUGCAUUAGUCUCACAUAGAUUUCCAGGCUUUGGAUUGUUCCGACAGGAAGAGCAUCUCACAAACAUUGGGAUGACGCUGUAUUUCCUCGGGAGAAUCGCAGAUUUCAGGGACGACGCAUCUGCCGAGGAGCGUUACGAAGAGGCAGAAGCUGUGUUACAGCAAGCAGGAGCCAGCAGCCAUGCAGCUCUUGCUCUUAUUGGCAAAGGAGACAUCUUGGUCGCCCGAUGCCAGUAUCGGGAGGCACAACAGAUCUACACCAAAGCUGUGCAGGCCUUCCGGACAAACAGCUCGCUUCAAACGACAUACGGUGCAUUUGCCCAGUUAUCUCUAGGCACAGCGGAGGCAUAUUUAUACAAUUACACCGAAGCCAAACGCUGGCUGGAUGCGGCUUGGAAGACCUUUGAAAAGACUCCGGUGGCGCCACGGUCGGAUGCAUCUGGAUAUAGUAUUUGGUUCGAUCGUCCCGAGUCAGGACAGAUUCCAGUCACUGACAGACCACCAGGGGAUGUAGCCAUGUUCCAAAAUUCCGUAAUGGAAGCUGCCACAAUGUAUCAGCGCGCGCUGACAUCUGCGGAGUCCUUGGGAUUAUCGGUAGAGGAAUCUCAAUGCCGCGUUAAACUCGGCGCAGUUCAUGUGAUGCAGGGGCAAGUCCGCGUCGGACUGCAGCAUUUGCUGGUCGCAGCGGCGAAGCAGCGUAAAGCACAGAACAUCAAAGGCAUCACCGAAACAAUGGUCCGUCUCGGUGAAGCCUUCGAAGCGGAUGGAGAUCACCCGGCCGCCCUAAUGAUAUUCCGCGCAACCUACCCAGCCGUCAGCAAAACAGGCGCAUUGCGCUCGACGGCAGAUUGUUUGCUAGGACUUGGGAGACUGUGCAGCGACCGAGUAUAUGUAGACAAGGCUGCCCAGCUAUAUCAGCAGACUGACGACCCCAAGGGGCGCGAACGCUGUAGAACUCUCGUUCAAAGACUGUAG